GGGAGCGUAUUUAUUCGAGAACGAGGUCGAGAUGCGGGCACUCGCGGCCGCAGCAGCAACUGCAGUAGUGGCGGCGCCUACCCCCGCACGACUCCUCCUCGUCUCCGCCCGCCGCGCUGCUCCGCGAUUCGGUCAUUGUAGAGCAUCUCCCUUCACAAGGUUACCGAGGAGUGCCUGCUACGCGUCCACCACCAUGGGAGACGAGACCUCCACUUCUGCCUCAGGCUCGGCCCAGGAACCUGCAGCACCGGCCGUGCAGGGAGCCGGGAGUGUCAAGCAGCAGAUCUCCAACUUGGUGGCUCUGUCACUCCAUGCGACAGUGCCUGAAGUGGAUGUAGAACCGAUAGUUGAAGUUUGCACGGGAAAAUUUGGUGACUACCAGUGCAACAAUGCAAUGGGAUUGUGGUCAAAAGUAAAGGGAUCCGGGACAAGCUUCAAAAACCCCAAUGCAAUUGGACAGUCGAUUGCUAAGAACCUGCCUGCCUGUGACGUUAUUGAAUCAGCCUCUGUUGCUGGUCCUGGUUUUGUGAAUAUUGUCUUAUCCAAGAGCUGGGUUGCUAAGAGAAUACAAGAUAUGCUUGUGAAUGGUAUCAAAACUUGGGCACCAAUUCUUCCAGUUAAGAGGGUAGUGCUUGAUUUCUCAUCUCCUAAUAUUGCAAAGGAAAUGCAUGUUGGGCAUCUAAGGUCAACAAUCAUUGGAGACACCUUAGCACGCAUGUUUGAAUUCUCAAAUGUUGAAGUUCUUCGACGCAAUCAUGUGGGAGACUGGGGUACACAGUUUGGAAUGCUCAUAGAAUUUCUAUUUGAGAAGUUUCCGAAUUGGGAGGAACUUGGCAGCCAGGCUAUUGGUGACCUUCAGCUUUUCUAUAAAGCAUCCAAACAAAGAUUUGAUGAUGAUGCAGAAUUUAAAGACAGGGCUCAACAAGCCGUUGUUCGGUUACAGGGAGGGGAGGAAAAGUAUCGUGCUGCUUGGAAAAAGAUAUGUGAAAUCAGCAGGAAUGAAUUUGACCAGGUUUACAAGCUCUUAGAUGUACAACUUGAAGAAAAGGGGGAGAGCUUUUAUAAUCCUUAUAUUCCGCAAGUUUUGGAGAAAUUGAGUAGCCAAGGUUUGAUCGAGGAAAGUGAGGGUGCUCGUGUAAUAUUCAUUCAAGGUCAUCAAAUUCCUUUGAUAGUGGUUAAAAGAGAUGGUGGCUUCAACUAUGCCUCGACAGACUUGGCUGCUCUUUGGUAUCGGCUUAAUGUUGAGAAGGCGGAAUGGAUAAUAUAUGUAACAGAUGUUGGUCAGCAGCAGCACUUUGAUAUGUUUUUCAAGGCUGCCAGGAUGGCUGGUUGGCUUCCAGAUCCAAAGGAAAAGAAGUUCCCAAAAACGAGUCAUGUUGGGUUUGGCCUUGUUCUUGGAGCAGACGGCAAGCGCUUCCGAACUCGUAGUACUGAGGUUGUUCGGUUGGGAGACCUACUGGAUGAGGCUAAAUCUCGAAGUAAAUCAGAACUUCUCCAGCGUCUCACUGAAAAUGGUAAAAUUGUUGACUGGACUGAUGAGGAACUAGAGAAAACUUCGAAGGCAGUAGGAUAUGGCGCUGUCAAGUACGCGGAUCUGAAGAACAACCGACUGACUAAUUACACGUUCAGCUUUGAUCAGAUGCUAAGUGACAAGGGAAAUACCGCCGUCUAUCUUCAGUAUGCUCAUGCUCGUAUCUGCUCCAUUAUUCGAAAAUCCAACAUGGAUGUAGAAGAGCUAAAAGUGAGUGGGAACAUUUCUCUUGCUCAUCCAGAUGAGCGUGUCUUGGGACUGUAUCUUAUCCGUUAUGCAGAGAUUGUUGAAGAGGCAUGCACCAAUCUCCUUCCCAGUGUUCUGUGUGAAUACCUAUACAACUUAUCUGAAAUGUUCACGAGGUUCUACACAAACUGCCAGGUUGUUGGGUCACCGGAGGAGCCAAGCCGGCUACUGCUUUGCGAAGCGACGGCGGUCGUCAUGCGACAAUGCUUCCAGCUGCUUGGGAUCACACCAGUUUACAAGCUGUGAUUGGCCAGUGUCUGACCUUUUACAUCAUACAUUUGUUUCCACACAAGCAUGUUUCCAUGGUUACAGUUUUCGUCCUUGUAACCUAGUUGGCACCACUAACAUACUCUUGAGUCGGUUGCCCCCAUUUGAGAACUGAAGCAUCUUGAAACUACUAUGUAGCAAAGGAUAGUCGAAACAUGUUUGUUUUUUUGGCCUGUA